AUGGUCAGCUGUGAUGAUACGGCGGUAUGUAUUUUGAAAAGCAGCAAAGAAAUUCUCAGUUCUCGUCGUUACGCAAAUCGCGACGUACAAAAAAGACUUGGUGGAAUAUGUCCGGCAGUAGCGGCUGAUCAACAUCGUUCGUAUAUUGAACGAUUUGUUGAUGAAUGUUUGAAUGAAAGCGGUAUGCGACUCUGUGACUUGAGCGGUUUGGCUGUUACCACUAAACCUGGAUUAGUCAUUUCUCUUCGGGUUGGCGUUUCAAAAGCAGUGUCUUUAGCAAAAAAAGGACGGCUACCGUUGAUAUCAGUGCAUCACAUGCAAGCUCAUGCAACGAUUGCCACUUUGCUGAAACCAAUCUUGUAUCCUUAUGUUUCGCUGCUAAUUUCUGGUGGACAUUGUAUCAUAGCCGUAACCAAUGGACCAGAUGAUUUUGAUGUACUUUUAUUCAGCAUUUCUGGUAGCCCUGGUGAAUGCUUGGAUAAAAUAGGACGAAGCCUUGAUUUCACUGAUCCUGAAUUGCUACAUAUGCAUCCAGGAGCUGCCUUAGAAGUGAUGGCUUCUAGGCAUGUUCGAACUUUUUGUCCACUUUACAAACUUUAUUGCUUUCACUAUCCAGCUCAUUUCUAUCAUCGAUAUCUAAUCGAUAUUGAAAGAUUCUUGAAGAUGACCUUACAUUUCAACUUUUCAUGGAUUAAAUCUGCGUAUCUAGUCAAGAUUUCAAAGCAUUGCAAUGUCAAUGUACCGGAUUUUUGUGCAAGUGUACAGCAUUCAGUUGCGAGUUAUCUAGCAGAGAAACUUCGCCAUUGCUUGCAAUAUUUAAAUGAAUCCAAUAAGAUACCUGUUUGUAAUCGACUGGUUUUUGUUUCCGGAGGUGUUGCUUCAAACAAAUAUAUAUUGAGCAUGCUUAGAAAUGUUUGUGAAUCUCUUGGAUAUAAUAUUUUUGCUCCUCCACCAAUGUACUGCUGUGACAAUGCAGAAAUGAUAGCUUGGAAUGGUCAACAAUUGCUAGCAAAAAGAGCAGCUUCCAUUAUCUCGGCCGAAAAAAUCCCCCCAAGUAUUUUAGUCUCCUCACGAUCUCCAAUUGGCAUUGAUAUUUCUUCUGAGUUACGAAGAUAUCUAAAGAUGCCGACUGAAACAUCAGCAGAAGUAGCACUAAGGCAACGUCACACCUUGCGAUGUUUAUGA